AUGCUCAUUUUCAUUCAAAUCAUUGCCGCAAAGGGACGAUUCUCGCGGGAUAUUGGACAGGAGUGCUUUAGCUCAGCGGAGUGCUCAGUGGAGGGUGAAAAGUGUUGCGCUUUGUGCCCAGCUGAUGCCGAAUGUGGACCGGGGACUAACUUCCCAGCAAAAUGCCAGCCGUGCGAGUACCCAAAUCACAAGGAAAUUCCC